GAAAAUUUCAAGACGCUCAAUAAUUUUGUGGAAAUAUAAAUACAAUUGGCCUCAGAUUCCAGAUAAAACAUUCGUCGACGACAAAUUCGAAGCGUAUUUUACGGAAAAAACGUCAAGCUGAUUUCAGCAAUCAUGGAUACAGAUUGUGUCAUUUGCUUCAGAGCACACCUGACCAGCGAUUGUCCAGACAAGAAGCCGCAACAUUGCCCGGACUGUUUCAACUUUAUCCGACGUUUAUCGAACCAUUCACAGAUCUGUGGCAACAAAGCUUGGUAUUUCAAGCCGUUCGAAGACGUAUACGUGAAGCCGCUCAUUGAACGAUUCAUCAUUGGUUGCAACAACGCAUUUCGAUUCUUGACGGACAAUAAUUGGCGCAAAACCGGUGAAGAGAUUGAGAUGUACUCUCCCCAAUCAGAUGCUGUUCUGCGAUUCAAAACAGAUUUGGACCUGGCCAUUCUUACCACAUCAUUCACACCAAUUCGUGUGGUGGUGGUAGUCAAACAAGAUGGUGACAAAAAUGAAACGUUCCACGAAAAACUCAUGCUUUCAACGUCAAAAGACCAAAUGAUUAUUGGAUCGAGUCUUGAUGAACCGUUUGAUCCAACAACGCAACGACAACACAGCAAAACCACACUGGUUCUGGGCAUGGUGGCUCGGGAAAAUCUGUGUCUUACGGUCUAUCGUUUCCCUUUGGGCGACCGACACGAAAUUCGAUACGAUACGACUCGUAAAAUGUUCCGUAUCCCCGAUGCACUGAUAGCAUUAACAGCAGAGCUGGCUGAACGUGCCCGAAACGCAUCCGAUGUUGAAAGUCGUAGUUUGGACAGAUGCUACGAAUGCCACACGCCUAUUCGGCAUGAUAAUGACCACGUGAAAAGUUGCAGCUUCAAGAAUCGAUUCCGCAGCGAUUUCGUCGACCGGUAUAUUCGUAUUCCUGCGAUUCGUUACAUCGUCUCAGCAAACACCAAAAUCUUUCAUGCUCUUGAUCAAUGCGUACAGCAAAUUCAAGUCGGAAUCGACCUGUUCUCGGCAGCUGCUGACGUUUGCAUCAAGCCAAUGUCCAGUUCAAAGUUCGCUGUUCUGACGCCGAUUCGAAUGCCGAUUGUACUGAAGGAAAAAAACAACAAUCUUGUCGAAAAAAUCGUUUUUCUGACUUCCAGCGAUCGUACUGUCGUUGCUGUGCAUAGUGGACGAGCCGUGAGCGUAGACACUGUGCUGAAAGACUUCGAGCAUAACACACCGGCCGUUCUUUUCCUCCGAGAAGGAAGUGGAGUCGAUCUCAGUCUUUCGAUUGAAGUGUUCGGUGCCAGCGGAACGGCCAGAAGUCAAAUCGCAUUCGACGAUCGUCACAAAAAUUACGUAAUUCCGAGUGAUUUGGAUGUACGAUCCCGUAAUUGGCCAGCCCGUCCAUUUGAUGCAGACAUCAAGAAAUUCAAUUGA